AUGAGGCAUAUUACGAUCCUUUUAUUUUAUAUAUAUGGCACGAUACAAUUAUGCCUAUGCAAAGAUAUAGGUAGGAGACAAGUAUCUAAUGAUGAAAUCAGUAGAUCCAAGGAUUCAGAAGAGACACCUGAUUUUCCAUUCACCACUGUGAUAGACAUAUUAUCAUCCAAUGUUCAAUUUUCUACAUUUUUAAGGCUUAUACAACGAAGUGGCAAUGUCAAUCAUUUGAAUGAUUUACAGAAUUUUACAUUGUUUGCACCCGUAAAUUCUGCAUUUGCUGAUUACGAUGAUGAGUUUGAUAUUUCUACAUUUGAUAUUAAUGAUUAUAUAUUCCAUAAUUGCAUAUUAUACACCAACGAUCUCAUAAACACAACAAAGAUAAUAUAUGAAGGUGUAAACCAUCCUUUUGUAAUAGGACAAUCAUGGGAUAGUAUGACUAAGACAAAUUUCAAGAUAAAUAAAAUUCCAAUUGUAGAACCUGACUUGACACCGAAUUUUCAAAAUGCAACAGUUCAGGGUAUAUUGAAUAAUCUUGAAAAGCCAUUAUCUCUCUCUGAAGUUAUAAAGGAGGAAAACUAUCAAUUACAUGAUCAACUGGAUAUAAUAUUUGACGAUUUAAAUAGACUCAUUAGUAGGAUUUCAGAGUCGGAAAAAAUGGUCGAUGGUAAUACUGUGAUUAUACCAUCUGAUGAUUCGUUUGAACGUCAUCUAAAUUCAGUUGAACUUAAAUAUUUGCUGGACUCAUAUAAUAAUUUAGACAGAAUGCAAAGACCUGUACGAGAGAAAUGGAUUAAUCACUUGGAGAGUUUUUUUCGUAACCUCAUAUUUAAAGGAAUACACGGGGGCUUCAUAGACCAAUCUGAAGUUUUAACUAAUUUGAAUAAUGAGUCCAUAUUAUUUGAUAGUAAUAGAGUUGGUACUCAUCAUUCUUCCAAUAUUACUCAGGAUUCAUUGGCCUCCAAUGAAAUAUUCCGUAAUGGAGUAGCUCAUUUUUUUGAAGAUACCACAAUUCUAACCAAUGGAGUUUCAUUUGAUGCAGAGAAUUAUUUACAUGGUUUAAAUUGCUCUGGAUUUGUAAGUGAAAUGUAUUUUAGAAAUAUUGAAGAUAUGAUCCAGAGUAAAGAGGGCAUUGAUGAGAAAAUGACAAUUUUUGUUCCAGAGGCAAAUCAAAACGAUGGUAUGGGAUUCACAAAAUCAACUUUACUUUAUCAUUUUAUGAAUGAACAAAUACGACUAGAGGAAGAUUUUCCCGUCUUAAGUAGAGGAGAAUCGUUUACCAAGAUAUUUAAUUCUUCAUUCUGUUCUUCUGGGAAGAAAUUAGGAAAUAAUUGUCAAAGAGUUAAAAUUACUAAACGUGGAGAUGGAUAUUGGAUUAACGAUAAAUUGAAAAUCACUGUAUCCAAACCUUAUAUCAUUGGUAAUAAAUUAAUUUAUACAUUUACAGGUGACUUAACGCCACCUGGUGACCUAAUUUUAUCUGUACCACCGUUUGCACAUUGUUCCAAAUCGAUUUCCUUUUUGAGACAAUUGAACCUAUUAGAAUUAAAACAGAAUCACGAAGGUUAUACAGUGUUUUUGCCAUGUUUCAAUUCCUGGGGAUCAAUCUCGUUAACGAUGGAUUUGAUAGAGAGAGAUUUAUCCCUGAUGGAACAAAUAAUGAAAAAUUAUAUUCUUAAUGGAUUGUAUUAUACAGAUAUGGAGGAUAAAUUGUUGGAGACAACUAAUAUAUUAGGUGAGAAAGUUAAAUUGAAGAGAAUAGACGAUCCAGAUGACUCGAAGAAUAUAGAACUUGAAUUGGAUACAAUGUUUGAUAAUAUUACCCUUUCCAAAACUGAAGAUAUUUUUUUCAAUCAAGGUGUUUUGCAACCAUUCCAAAUGACGGAUCUACCUAAAGCAGUUAAUAUAUCUAUAAAGCAGCUUAUAGGAGUAACAGAUUCUUUUGAGAUGAUAAGUUUUUUGAAUAAAUUUGGAGAUUUAUCGCACAAAUUGUUUCAUAAUUCACCCCACGCUGAUUUAUAUUCCAUUUUAAUACCGACCUAUUCGUCGUUAAUAUUUGAGGAUAUUAAUAUCAAUUCUACAAAAUUGGAAAAUUUCUUGAGAUUACAUAUACUUAAGGGUAAUGAAACAGCUGGACUGAUCAAUUGUUCCGGUGAAAUAACAACAGAUUUAGGACAAAUCUUGGAAUGCCGAAAAGUUUCCGAUACUGAAUCAUUCCUAAAAAUAAAAGGUGGAUCCGAUAAUGAAGUUAGAAUAUUGAAAAAGGGUUGCUCUACUGCACGAAACAACCAUGCUGACCAAAGAGCAUGUGUAUUUUUAAUUGAUAGACCAUUAUCAUUAAGUUGGACCCACCGUUACAAUUAUCAUUUUUCGUUCCCAAUAAUGGCGAUCGCAACAGGUGCUGUAAUAGGUGUUUUGUUCAUAAUGAGUUUAUUCUGUUGUAUGGUUGUUCUAAAAGUUGGAAAGGAUCCUUCCCAUAGGCACACAGAUACCAAUGACGAAGAACAAGCAAGAGAUGAGCAUGAUCCUCGAAGACCAUUAUUAUCCGUGCCUGGUAAUAAUGUACGAAGUUAUACAAACCAACACAGAAUGGUCAGAACACCGACUAGUUUCAACGGCGCUACAUCUAAAUCCAAUGAUAGUCCAUCAAAUUCUAGCACAAUUCCAACACAUUGCUCAAAGAGUGCUGCACAAGCAUAUUCUGCAAAUUCUACCGCAACACCAAUAAAUGUGUCACCAAGAAAUUGA